AUAUAUAGCCUAGUCUUUUCUUGUACAAAGGCGAUUAACACGAUGAGCCUUUACAGAAAAAACCUGCACUAAGAAAUGAGCAUUGUAACCAUGGUUGGGUAUAUGCAGCUUCCAUCUAUGGAAUGUCAAAUAACACCCACACACUAUUUCUACUACUGCAUCGGUCUGUAGGUGUGGCAUGGGCUGUAUCUCUCUUCAGACCAAUACCAAUUUAUGGAUAACGAGAUCAACCAAAAGUCAACACCCAGGAGUUUUUGGCAGUGGUUGAAGAGGAAAGACAAGAGAUCUGACCCAUUUUAUGUGGGUGAAGUUGCAGAUUGGGGUGGGGACGAAGGUGACAAUUGCCCAGACAAUAGUUGUGUUCGGUCCAUGGAGAAUGAUAGAUGCGAAUUCACCAAUGAAUUAAGCUUUGUAACGUAUUCCAGAGUCUUUGUGGGUACUUGGAAUGUUGCUGGAAGAUCUCCUGUGGGAAGUUUGGCUGUAGAUGUGGAUGAAUGGCUAAAUCUGAAGGACGCUGCUGACAUUUAUGUUCUUGGAUUCCAAGAGAUUGUUCCUCUAAAAGCUACAACAGUAAUAGGAGCUGAAGACCCAACAGAAGCAAAAAACUGGAACCUACUUAUUGGAAAAACACUGAACGACAAAUACGGGUGCCCCUUGAAACCAAUCACGAAUGACAAUUACCAAUAUGCUAGAGUUUCUGACCCUGAAAGAAGAGUCAGUGUUUGCAGCAGAAUUGCCACUCCAAUAGGAGAUCAACCGGAUAGGGGCAGUAGGUACAAGCUCAUGGCUAGUAAGAAGAUGGUUGGAGUCUUCAUAAGUGUGUGGAUGAAGAGGGAAUUGCUCAGGCGGUAUUCAGUGUCGGCUGUGAAGGUUUGUUCCGUGGCUUGUGGUAUCAUGGGGUAUUUGGGAAACAAAGGAUCAGUUUCGGUGAGCAUGUCAAUUGAAGGAACUAGUUUUUGCUUCAUUGCAGCUCACUUGGCUUCUGGUGAGAAGAUUGGGGAUGAAGGGCGAAGGAAUAACCAAGUCUCUGAGAUUUUUAGACGGACUUCUUUCCCUCGAUUAGCUCAAGAUGGUGGUAGUCCACAUCCUCUAACCAUAUUAGGACAUGAUCAGAUAUUCUGGUUUGGGGAUCUCAACUACAGGCUAUAUGUAGAUGACAACUUAGCAAGGCAACUGAUAAAGAAGCAAGAUUGGAGAGCACUUCAAGAGUUUGAUCAGCUGGAGAGGGAAAUACAAGAUGGUGGAGUAUUCCAAGGCUGGAAAGAGGGUAACAUUAAGUUUGCUCCUACAUACAAGUAUUCUUCAUCAAAUUGCAAUCGGUAUUCAGGUGGUCUUCCAAGCAGAGCUGGAGAGAAGCAACGGACUCCAGCAUGGUGUGACAGGAUUCUGUGGUAUGGAAAAGGUGUGAAGCAACUUUCCUAUUUCCGCAGCGAGAGCAAGUUCUCCGAUCAUCGGCCUGUAUCUGCUCUUUUCCUGACACAAAUUGAAGUUGUGGAGUCUACAAAUCCAAGGCUUAAUCCUGUCCAACCCCUUAUUCCCACCAUAACUCCUACAACCAAACUGCACAGGACAAGGCUAAAGAAGAGGCGCCCGCCAACGUUGUGCUCAUGGAGCGCAAAGGAUUAAAAAGCAUGCGCCAGCGACAUGCAAAGGCUGUAAAUCAAAUAGGAGAUACAUGUUGCAAACGGCAAUAGAUUAGUUAUCUGCUAUAGGGAAGGCUUGUGAAGCACAAAUUUUGCAAUCUUUCCUUGUCCGUGACUUUGACUUAAAAGAUAGAUUUACAAUUGGAAAAAUACGUAUUACGUCAA